AUGGACAAUAGUCUACUGCACAGGACCAACAAAAUCUUUGCAAGUCAAUCAACCAGAGAACAUCUAUCCAACAGAGCCAACAUGAUCAGCAGCUCCAAGCCACUUGCUUUUUCUAUUGAAAGAAUAAUGUCAAGGACUCCAGAGCCAAAAUGUCUCCCUGUAACAAGUUUGCUCCAAGCUUCUCUUCCCAAAGGUGACCAGAAACAAGCGCUUCACCUGAGUUCUUCGUCCAUACCCUGCAUGAUUCCCUUUGUACCGGUUGCUUAUGACCACUGCCCCAAAAUUGGACUCACUGGUGCUGAUCUAAGAAAGAGUCACACGGAUUCCUCGCCCUCCUUCAGUUGUAAUGAACUCCUCGCUUUGAAAGGAGAUCUUCCACGAGAUGCUUUACCUCUACAGCAAUACAAGCUGGUCAGACCACGAGUGGUCAACCACUCUUCGUUUCAUGCGAUGGGGGCAGCUUUGUGUUAUUUUAACCGAGGAGAUGGCCAUUGCCACCCAUCUGCGAGCCUCAAUAUCCACCCAGUUGCUUCUUAUUUUCUGGGAUCUCCUUUGCAUCAGACUCCCAAAUCCUACCUAGCAGAGAGGAACAAACUGGUUGUCCCAUCUGUGGAGAAGUAUCCUUCAGGCGUGUCUUUCAAAGACCUUCCCCAAGCACAGUUUCAGCACUACAUGAAAGAGAGCUCUCAGGCACUCUCCGAAAAAACUGCUUUUAAAAGCUCAGCCAAAUUCAGCAGCGCUUCUCCCAGCAGCAAACCCAAAGUUUUCACCUGUGAAGUUUGUGGAAAGGUAUUUAACGCACAUUAUAAUCUGACCAGACACAUGCCAGUUCACACAGGAGCCAGGCCAUUCGUGUGCAAAAUCUGUGGCAAAGGAUUCAGACAAGCAAGCACUCUCUGCAGGCACAAGAUCAUCCAUACUCAGGAGAAGCCACACAAGUGUAACCAGUGCGGCAAAGCAUUCAAUAGAAGCUCCACGCUGAAUACACACACCAGGAUCCACGCCGGCUACAAGCCUUUUGUCUGUGAAUUCUGUGGCAAGGGCUUUCAUCAGAAAGGUAACUACAAGAACCACAAGCUCACUCACAGCGGGGAGAAGCAAUUCAAGUGCAAUAUCUGUAACAAGGCUUUCCAUCAGGUCUACAACCUGACCUUCCACAUGCACACUCACAACGACAAGAAGCCCUUCACCUGCCCCACCUGCGGCAAAGGCUUCUGCAGGAACUUUGACUUGAAGAAACACGUGCGAAAGUUGCACGAGAGUAGCAGCAGCAGCAGCAGUGGAGGUCCACCCGGGUCCAGCCCUGCAGAGCAGGAAGACCUGCUUCUCCACUCCAGGGAACAGGUCCCCACAAGCAAGAGUGCAGAACUUCACAAAGCCACCUACUGAUGAACUACAUAGUGUCCAUCACAGAGCUUUCGUACCACUGAAGGUGCUUUUUCCACGAUCCUCAGAUGAACGGGAAUAGUCCAGGCUGGUGGGCCUUGGGUGGACAAGAACCUUUGAAUGGGAGGUUUGAACUUAGGUGCUAUGGAUUGCCAAGGUUCCUUGUCGGGAUUCUAGCAUUACCCCGAGUUUUUGCAUGCACCUAGAAAUCAUGGAGUAUUACACUCUACUUACUCAUUUUGUUAUUGAACUUUUUCGUUGGUGUGUGUGUGAUUCUGUUAUCACAGCUUUAAACAAGUGAAAAGAUUGAUAUCACGCGUAUUUAUUCGGGUAUGUAUCAUUUGUAAGGAAUGCUGCACAAAAAAUGAAUAAUUCUAUUUAAUGUAAAUAUAUACAUAAAUAUACCCCUAAGAGUAUAUUUCUGUGGUGCAUGUCCUGUUCCAAAUGCCUGUUUUUGUUUUUUUUUUUAAUUUUUUUUCAGAAUAUUUGAUAUAUUGACAGAGUCUUCUAAAAUGUAUGCGUUGGAGUUUUAUUCUUGCACGUGGAAAUAAAUGGAUUAAUUAUUGUGCUAAAUAAUAUAUGGCCAAACUUGA